AUCAGUAGUGAGCUGUCAACACUUGAAUGGCAGAAGCCGAAAAAUGAUUUCAUGUUUACCACAAUAAUUUUCUUUGGUUGUUUAGUCAAAUGAGACACUGGCUUACAUUAUGUUUCAUCCUAGUCUGGAGGGACUCGGAUAUCGUCAGUGCACAAAGACCCAUUAUUCCAGAACAUUUUUACACACAAGAACACCUGUCGGAAUUGAGAGCCGAAGUGAAAGAGCUUUUUUAUCAUGCAUAUAAUGGUUACCUGAAUUAUGCUUAUCCGCUUGACGAGCUACAGCCCUUAACCUGCAGAGGUGUCGACACUUGGGGAAGCUACUCCUUGACAUUGAUUGAUGCUCUCUCAACGCUUGCAGUCUUAGGCAAUCACACAGAGUUCAGACGUGUUGUUAAUGUCCUGAGUAAAAAGAGCUUUGAUUCUGACAUCAAUGUAUCUGUGUUUGAAACAAAUAUUCGAAUUGUUGGAGGACUUCUUAGUGCACAUUUACUCAGCCACAAAUCUGGGAUAGAACUGGAACCAGGAUGGCCUUGUAAUGGUCCUCUUUUGAGGUUGGCAGAAGAUGCUGCCAAGAGACUCUUGCCAGCAUUCAACUCUUCCACUGGAAUGCCGUAUGGGACAGUCAAUCUAAGGUAUGGAGUCCCUCCAGAUGAAACUCCAGUAACGUGCACGGCUGGUGUUGGUACCUUCAUAGUCGAAUUCGGAGUGUUAUCGAGGUUGACGCAGAAUCCUGAAUACGAAGCGGUAGCUAUGAGAGCUUUGAAAUCCUUGUGGGAUCAUCGUUCCAGCUUAGGUUUACUUGGUAACCAUAUCAACGUCGAAACUGGCCAAUGGGUAGCCACUGAUUCUGGAAUUGGAGCUGCUAUAGACUCGUACUACGAAUACCUCGUCAAAGGUUCAGCACUUUUAGGUCGACCAGAGCUAAUGGAAAUGUUUUGGCAUCACCUCGUCGGCAUUGAACGUUACAUGCGCAAGGAUGACUGGUAUUUUUGGGUCACAAUGACAAAAGGUACAGUUUCAUUGCCAGUUUUCCAGAAUCUGGAAGCCUAUUGGCCCGGGGUUCUCAGCACAAUAGGGAAAAAUUCCGAUGCAAUGAAGUCUAUCCUCAACUAUCAUCAAGUCCUGAAGCACAUUGGCUUCGUUCCGGAGAUGUACGACGUCCAACAACGUGAAGUCCGACCCAACAGGGAAGGUUAUCCCCUCAGACCGGAAUUGAUCGAGUCCCUCAUGUUCCUCUACCAAGGAACCAGGGAUAAAAACUUGUUGGCGAUGGGAGAAGAUGUUCUUCGAGCGAUCCAACACAGCACCAGGACGCCGUGUGGCUACGCAACUGUGAAAGACACUCGAGAUCAUCGAUUAGAAGAUCGCAUGGAAUCCUUCUUUCUUGCAGAGACAACAAAAUACUUGUACCUGCUGUUUGACACGGAGAACUUUAUCCAUGGCCAAGGGAUCUCGGGCAAACCUCAUCGAGUGGCUUCCAGAUCGUGCAUGCUAGACACCGGAGCUUACAUUUUCAACACUGAAGCCCACCCUAUGGACGUUGGAGCGUUGGAUUGCUGCCAUGGACCAACUGAGCGAGAUAUUUGGCAAAAGGCUUGGUUUCCAAAACGGUCGUCUAAAAGAAACUCACCCGAAUCUAGUGAUGAUAAAUUAUCGAUAGUGUCUUCCUCUUCGAUUGAAACUUGUAAAAAACCUCACUGGCAGUCAUUUCUCUGGAUCAAAUCUCCUCCCACAUGCUCAGCAUCAUCAGCUGCUUCUAAAUCAUGGACAGGAAAACGUAGAAGAUCUUCACUUUACUCUUUGUUGACCUGCGAGGCUGCUCCGUUCAUGCAGAUGUUUUGCAUCGGUGGUGAAGUUUGCGACAUCUAAGUGUACAGUUUUUAAAAGAAAGUUAUUUUGUAAAUUUUGUCCUGGACCAAAGAUUGUUGAGAAAUAAAGCAAGUUGAUACUAUUCGAUGAAACCCA